CCACCUCCCUCUCUCCCUCGUUCUUUCUCUCGCUCUGUCGUGCGCUCGCUCUGUCUCUCCGGAGCUUUCCGCCGCUCUUCGCCCAGACCACGGGGGCUCUGCUUCGCUCUAACACCCAGGGACGCGGCUCUCUCUCUCGGCGCCCGGUAACCCGCGGCAACUGCCAUGAUCUGAGGACCGGCGUUGCGCCCCGGUGUCGAUGCGCUACCCGACACCUGCUGAAACGGUCGCGGACUCACGCCAUGGACGCCCUGCUCGGCGACUGCGAACCCCUAGACGGGCUGGACAACAACUCCAUAAAGUGUCCCAAAAAUGAGCAAACCGAGAAAAUGUGGAUGCGGCUCAAAGGAAUGCAGAAGUACAAAAGCACCUCUCAAAGACUGAGAUGCUUGGUGAAGCAGCUGGACAAGGGCGAGGUGAACGUGGUGGACCUGAGGAAAAACAUCGAGUAUGCAGCCUCCGUCCUGGAAGCGGUGUACAUCGACGAGACACGGCGGCUCCUGGACACGGAGGAUGAGCUCAGCGACAUCCAGGCGGACUCGGUGCCCUUGGAGGUGCGCGACUGGCUGGCGUCCACCUUCACCAGGAAGAUGGGCGUGGUGCGGCGGCGUCCCGAGGAGAAGCCGCGGUUCCGCAGCAUCGUCCACGCUGUGCAGGCCGGAAUCUUCGUGGAGAGAAUGUACAGAAGAACGUCCAACAUGGCCGGACUGACCUACCCACCUGCUGUGAUCACGACAUUAAAGGAUGUUGACAAGUGGACGUUUGACGUCUUCGCCCUCCACGAAGCCAGUAGCGAGCACGCCCUCAAGUUCAUGGUCUACGAGCUGCUCACCAGAUACGAUCUCAUCAACCGCUUCAGGAUCCCGGUGUCGUCCCUGGUGUCCUUCGUGGAGGCGCUGGAGGUGGGCUACAGCAAGCACCGGAACCCCUACCACAACCUCAUCCACGCCGCCGACGUCACGCAGACCGCACACUACCUGAUGCUCCACACCGGCGUCAUGCACUGGCUGACGGAACUGGAAAUCUUAGCCAUGGUAUUUGCUGCGGCCAUCCAUGACUUUGAACACACGGGGACAACGAACAACUUCCACAUCCAGACCAGGUCAGAGGUGGCCAUUUUGUACAAUGAUCGCUCCGUCCUGGAGAACCACCACGUGAGCGCAGCCUACCGACUUAUGCAAGAGGACGAGAUGAACAUUCUGGUGAACCUGACCAAGGACGACUGGAGAGAGCUGCGCAGCCUGGUGAUUGAGAUGGUCAUGAGUACAGACAUGUCCUGCCAUUUCCAGCAGAUCAAAACCAUGAGGAGCGCCCUGCAGCAGCCAGAGGGCAUUGACAAACCCAAGGCCCUGUCACUGAUGCUCCAUGCGGCUGACAUCAGCCACCCAGCCAAGGCCUGGAAGCUGCACUACCGCUGGACACAAGCCCUCAUGGAGGAGUUCUUCAGACAGGGGGAUAAAGAGGCUGAGCUGGGGCUGCCCUUCUCUCCCCUGUGUGAUCGCAAGGCCACCAUGAUCGCACAGUCACAGAUAGGGUUCAUUGACUUCAUAGUGGAACCAACGUUCUCUGUAUUGGUUGACACCACAGAGAAGAUUAUUUCUCCUCUCAUAGAGGAAGCACUAAGUGCAGGGGACACUGGUGUCCCAAGGUCCAGUUUGAGCGGCAGGGGGUCGGCGACGGUGGUGGAGUCCGUCCAGAGACACAGUGGCCGGGCGCUGAACUCUGAGGAGGGCGGGGCCGUCGACUACUCGCUGGCCAGCAUCGACCUGAAGAAGGUGCGCCACACGCUGGCCGACGUCAUUCAGAACAACAAAGACCGCUGGAAGGAGCUGUCUGUCCAAGAGCUGGCGCGUAAGGAGCUGGAGCGCGAGCUGUCCUUAGAGUCGGAGGAGAUGCUGACCGACGCCGACCCCACGGGCGCCGACCCCAGCCCCACCGACGCGGCCUCCCCGCCCGCUAACGAACUGAACAAUGCACACGCCAGCGGCGACUCCUCCCCCCAGGAGGGUCUGUCUGCGGAGCCUGCGCAGGCGUCUGCGUCUGCGCCUGCGUCGCCUGAGAACAGCUCGGCUCCCCAAGCCCACGCCUCCCAACCCCUCCCCUGGAAUGGAGAAGGACACCGGCCGCUCCCCGAGGAGGACACUCCGAGCCCCUGAUGCCCAGCGUCGCAGGCUCCUCCGCCGGCAUCACUUCUUCAGUUUGGAUUUUUUCAUUUGGCUACUAUUAUUGAUAUAAUAAUGAUUAUUUUAUGAUUAUAUUAUUAUUCUAUUUUUUUGUAAAUGUUUUUAUGAUUUCAUGCUCAGUUAAUUGUAUUGUUAUUUAUUAAAGAUUGUUCUGCUCUC